AUGAUCAAGCAGCUCAAGGUGCUGAUGCCUCCUUCCUUUCACAAGCUGCCCAUCUCCGACGAGCUCGCCGGCUGCUUCGACGCUUCCAGCGGUGGCGGGACGGGGGUGCCAGGGCCGACGGCCCUCGUGGUCAGCCCGUUCGGCAAGGUGUGGCGCGUGGACGUCGGCCGCGACGGCGACGGCAAGUUCCUGGGGCGCGGGUGGGCGGACUUCCUGGCCGCGCACGGCAUCAUCGGCGUCGGCUGGUUCGUCGUGCUCCGGCACGAGGGCCGCGGUGUGCUCACCGUCAAGGCCUUCGACACCGUCUUCUGCAUCAAGGAGUUCGCCGCUACGACUGCAGUUAUGACAUCCGGGAGCAGCAAAGGGGUUUACUGUAAGCCACGGUUCCUCACGAUUAUUCAGCAGGACUCCAUGGAGGAGAUGAAGAUCCCUGCAAGGUUUGUGAAACAUUAUAUCACUGAAGAAUGCCUGAACCGACAGAUGGCUGUCGUUGUCAGCCCCCUUGGCAAGUUUUGGCGAAUCAAGCUUCAGAAUGAUCAGUCAGGCGUGUUCUUCGCAGGCGUCUGGUCACAGUUUCUGGCAUUUCAUGGAAUAUCUGAAGGCGAAGUUUUGCUCUUGAGGUAUGAAGGGAACAUGGUGUUCAAAUUCAAGGUUUUCGAGAUCAGUGGAUGCCAGAAAGAUUUGAAAAAUCACAACACCAGCAUUCAACAAGAUUGUAUAAAGCAGGAAUCACCUUCUCCCAUUAAGAAACGCAAGGCCGAUAAUGAGAGGGCAAGUUCUGACGAAGAGAAGAGGUCAAAAAGCUCCGUGACAUCUUUGAACAAUGCAUCACCACUGAAUGGACUUGACUAUCAGAUUGGGCCACCAGCUUGGGUAAAAAAGAAGAUCACAGCCUACAUGCUUGAGCGCCUUAUUUCUCUGCCAGUGAAAUUCUGCCACUCAAUUGGGUUCCAGAGAGACUGCACAAUCACGCUCAAGACUGCAAUAGAUAGCACCAGGUCAUGGCAAGUGCGCGGUGUCACAUACAAAAAAGUUUGCUACCUUCUUGGAGAGGGUUGGAAAUGCUUCUGCGAGGAGAACAGACUGAAGAAAGGUGACCUGUGCACCUUCCAUGUCAUCGAGACCAUGUUGUGGCAUGUCGUCAUUACACAUUCAUCAACGUCAAUAGAUAUUGAUAAGAAAAAGGAAUCACCUUGUUCUUCCAGUAUGGAGCGCAAGAGCGUCAACCAAAGGUUAGGUAGUGAAGAACAACUGAGGCCACAAGGCUCCAUGAUUUAUUUGAGCAAGGCAUCAUCGUACACGAGGUCCGCAUAUAAGAUAGGCCCGCCAACUUGGAUAAAGAAGGAGAUCAAGGCCUCUGAGAUUUAUAUGAGAUAAGUUUUGGCGCAGGGAUUCUGCGAUGCAAUCGAAUUGCAGGAACCCUGCAUGAUCACACUCAAGACCUCAAUCAACAGCACCAGGUCUUGGCUGAUUCGUGGUACCAAGCAAAGGAAUGGUUGCUACCUCCUUGGGUCCGGCAGGAAGAAGUUCAGCCAGGAGAAUGAGCUCAAAGUAGGGGACAUCUGCACCUUUAAUGUUGUCGAAAUAUCGCUGUGGCAUGUCGUUAUCACUCGUGCCUAA